UUCAGCUCCUUGGUAACGGUGUUGUAGAUGACGUCAGUUGCCAAGGAGCGCCUAGUUGUUGAAGUUGUAAGCGGAUAUUCGUAACAUAGAGGAAUUUUCACCUGUGCUUUCUUGUUUGUGGAAUUACGUAUACAUGCCCAAAUACCCAGAACAUUUACAACUGCGUCCUGCUGUGAAGACGGACACCGAGAUGCAGAUUUUUGUGGACCCCUAUGAGAACUUCAUGUUGCAUCAUCUCCGGCACUAUGGACUGUUUACGGACCAGAGAGACCGCGUAAAAAACAGCGUUACUCUCAGCCAGACGUGGGAACGGGACCGUGAUAUCGCCCUCCCCCCGAGACGAGACAAGAACUCCCCGAGCAGCAGCGAUUCGGACUCCGACUUGCGGGAAGAGUGCAUAGUCAGUCGGAGGCCAUGCUCCCUUCCAGUAGAGCCGGUCCCCAGGUCCAGGCAGCUGGUGUUCGAUCCAGACCAGGGCUUCUCCAUCCCGAGGCUUCGGGAGCCACAGGGCCUCUUCGCCUCGCUGUCUCUGGCCAACCUGCCCCAGGGAGUUCGCUGGCCCGUCGAGUGCCAGGUCAUCAAGGAGGAGAUCCAGCACAUCGAAUGGGAGCCACCGCAACCAGAGCCGUUUUACCAGCCCACGGGCCACGAGAGGACUCCCCUGCCUGUGGGAGAGGAGAAAGGCAAGGUCGUGUACCACAUCGAGCCAGCCACGAAGACCUCCUACUUCACCUACGCCCGCGUGGGCGGCAGCCGAGGGCCAAUCCGGGACCCCACCGGCGGGUGGAGGGACUCCGCCUUGGAGUUUGAGUCCCGGUUUGAGAGCGGGAACCUGCAAAAAGCCGUGCAGACCGGUCUCCACGACUACGAGCUGACGCUCCGCACGGACCUCUACACCGACAAGCACACUCAGUGGUUCUACUUCCGGGUGAGGAACAUGAAGGCGGGAGCGACGUACCGCUUCACCAUCGUGAACCUGAUGAAGCCCAGCAGCCUGUACGGCCUGGGCAUGAGGCCGCUGCUCUACUCCGAGCGGGCCGCCGCGGCGGCCGGCGGCGUGGGCUGGCGGCGGGCCGGCGCCGACAUCAGGUACUACGGCAACCAGACGGAGCGCGAGGGCCACGCCCUCUACUCGCUGACCUGGACCUGCCAGUUCCCCUACGAGGGCGACACCUGCUACUUCGCCCACUGCUACCCGUACACCUACUCGGACCUGCGGCGCUUCCUGGCCUCGGUGACCUCCGACCCCGUCGCCGCCGCGCUCUGCAAAGUGCGCGUGCUCUGCCGCAGCCUUGCCGGAAACGCUGUGUACGUUCUGACCGUGACCUCGCCCUCGGCCAGCCGCGAGGCGGCGCGGGCCAAGCGGGCGGUGGUGCUGACGGCGCGGGUGCACCCGGGGGAGACGGUGGGCUCGUGGGCCAUGCAGGGCCUCCUGGGAUACCUGCUGGGGGACUCGGCGGACGCGAGGCUCCUGCGCGACGCCUUCGUCUUCAAGCUGGUGCCCAUGCUCAACCCCGACGGUGUGGUGGUGGGCAACUACCGCUGCUCGCUGGCCGGCCGCGACCCCAACCGCAACUACCGCACGGUGCUGCGCGAGGCCUUCCCCUGCGUCUGGCACACGCGCAACAUGGUGAAGAGGGUGCUGGCCGAGAGGGAGGUGGUGCUGUUCUGUGACUUCCACGGGCACAGCCGGAAGAACAACGUCUUCAUGUACGGCUGCGAGAACCGGGGCGGAGCCCAGCCCCGCUUCUGCGAGCGCGUCUUCCCCCUGAUGAUGAGCAAGAACGCCGGCAACAAGUUCUCUUACAGGAGCUGCAAGUUCAGGGUUCAGAAAAGUAAGGAAGGAACGGGACGUGUGGUGAUGUGGAAGCUGGGGGUCGCUAACAGCUACACCAUGGAGUCCACGUUUGGGGGGUCUACCUUAGGGAACAGAAAAGGGACGCAUUUCUCCACCCAGGACCUGAAAUCGCUGGGGUACCACUUCUGCGACACUCUCCUGGACUUCUGCGACCCCGAUCCAACCAAGGUGACCGCGUGCUUGGCGGAGCUGGCCGCCAUGCGGCGGGAGGCCCGUCUCAGGCUGGGCGGGGGCUAUGACGCGUCCCUCAGCGACGCCUCCGCCUCUGACCUGGAGUCCAGCACGAGUGGUUCAAACAGCACAGACUCCAAUGACUUGCCUGCUCAUUUGCUUAACAUCAUUGACAAGCAAAUCUCGUGCAAGAAGAAGCGUCUGAAGACCCGGAAGGAGCGGACCCGGCUGCGGCAGGAGAGAGCGCUGAGCAACAAGGCCAAAAUCAGCCCCCUCGCCCUCAAGCACAACGCCUCAGUGGUGCCUGGAGAAGGGAAGACAGAAAACCAAGUAGCAGCAGUGAGUGACAGCAAGAGAGAAAAAAGGGAGUUUCACCUGGAGGCAGUGACAGCUACCUACUUGCAUUUCGAGGGUCCAGUAGACACCACUCAGCCUCCUGACAGCAGGGCGGAGCUGGAGGGCCGGGCGUGCCGGAAGUUCCCGCUGCGCUCCGUCUCUUCACAGCCCCGGCAGCCGUACCUGCACCGCCAGCUGCUUCCCUCGCCCUGCGGCCUGGACCACGAGCCCAACUCCGCUGCCAGGGGACUCCCUCCACCCCAUGCAUUGGCACGCAGGUCUACGGUGGUGAGGCAGCUGGUGCAGUGCACCCUGUUCCCAGUUUUUGUGUCACCCCUGGAGCUGCAGCCUGCCAGGCCCCAGUAUCCCGCUACAAGGCUGGCUCACAGGCCCAAGGCCUUCCAGGAAGCCAGGGUUGAGCUCGCGCGAGUGUCCAUCACGUUCGAUAUCCCCGAGGCCUCCAGCACCAGCACAGACUUGAUGGAAACUGUCAGAAAGAGACGGGAUAAAGAGGGCACCGCAGGAGCGGUGUUGGCGAAAGAGCUGGACAGCAGCCAUGGAGGUGUUGGGCCUGACAGCGCUGCCAUUAAGCAGGCCAUGGACACAGACCCCUUCCUGCCAAAUUUGAGGAAACAGGAUCUGAGCACAGAAUCACGCAGUAGAAGGUUGUCCCCGCUGGCCUCGGCGAAAGCAGGUGAGGCGGCCCACGGUUUCCCGAAGGUGCCCGCCGCCGGGCCUGCCCAGGCCCCGGACCCGCUCUUCCCCCAGCGGUCCAGGCUGCAGAGACUGCAGAACCUCACCCUGGCCAAGACCACCAGGCUCCCGCUACCCAGCAGCACGGAGAACAGCCCUGCUGACCCAGACCGCAGCGAGACCGCAGCGAGACUCGGCUUUCGCAAUGCUGAGGAACGCUGCUCCGUGGAAUCGGAGCACCAAGACCACCUUCCCAUUCUGCAGUAGCCCCCUUUUCCACCGUUUUGGAACCUGAACACUGAGAAACCUGGCCUACGGGCUAGCCUACCUGUUCCUCUCUCUCUUUCAGGCUUUAAUGGGACUGUAGGUGGGGCUGACUGGGGGGACUCGUGGCUUGGUGAUGGCCCUGAGCCAAGACAUGCCUGAGUGGCUCAGGGUCCAGUUAUUACAUCAUACAACACUCUUCAUUUUUUUUAAGGGAAUCACGAAGCAGAUUUUUAAAAAAUCGUUUAUUUUUGAAGAUAAGUUAGCUAGUAAAGCUGUGAGAAAUGACCAAAGUCAGACUGACAGAAAAACCAACCAUGUAAAUACAAAGAAGCGGGUUGUUUACAGUCCAACUGGUGCAAUGCAUCUGUUACAAGUUUGAUUGGUCCGGUUUCAAUUACAUCAGUAUCUCAGGAAAUUUGGCAUCUGUAAUGAAACUUCUGGAGGACAAGGUGACUCCUGUUAAUACUGGCUAGCUGUUAUUAUCAAAUACUAUCAAAUAUUUAUUUUUUAGGGGUCGUUAUUUGAAUAUUGAAGAGGAGUAUUUGCGGCAGUUGAAUAUGUUUAUUUGAAUUCUAUUUGGAUCGGUUUGUGUUUGUAAAUAAAGUAUCAGUUAAUAGAAUCUGAGAUACUACCCUCUGUUUUCCCCUUUUUUCUUCCUUUACUCACGUUUAAGUGACAGAUUCAAGACCUUUAAAUGGAAAAUUUUCAGACCCCAAACUUUGUAUUAGUUGUAUAAAUACACAUUUAUUUUCUGCUUACACUGUUUAAAGAAUGAUUACCCUGGAGAAGGGAAGGUAAUACAAAAUCGGAUUAAAUUUGGGAGCUGAUCCGGGUGAUCUUACCAUAAGCUGUCAAACUGUUCUGUUUCCAAGGCAACAAAAUUGUAACUGUAUGAAUUAGUUCAUAGUUUUAAAUUAAUUGGAAAAGAGCUCAUCUCUGUUGUUGGGGGAUACCACCACUGAAUCUAUCCAUAAAGUGAAUUCUGAAUCUUUCACAGAAACUUUAGUAUUGUGCAUUUGUUAUAAUUUGGCUUGAGACCAGAU